AACUACAGGGAAAUUGUAGAAACAUAUUAAAAGCGUUUCAUUCUGAGAGAGAAUUAAAAUAAGUCUGAAUAUAUCCGCAAAACACAAUAAUUAAUAUUCAGAAAAAUAAGCCAUCGCCAUUGGACGGUAAACAAGGAAACGUUGCAUUAUGUAAUUAAUAUUCGUGAAGUAGGCCUAAAGCCAUUGGAAGCUGACCAGUCGACGUAGGCACGCUCUAAUUAAUAUUCAUGAGCGAGGCCUUCACCAUGGUAGGGUUUGUAACGUCAAACCGGGCGGCUUCGGACGCGACUCAUAACGUGUUCAAUGACAGACAAUAAAUAAUCACGUCCAGCUUCAACACGUCACACGUGCGAACGCGCCACGUCGUAAAAACGUCGUCUUUGGGAUUCUGGGAUUCACACGGCACCGGUGUUGUGCUCAUUCUCGACUCCCUCCCAAAUUAUUACCCCUCGUUGUCUAAUCCUAACCGACAGCGUUCAGAAGCGUCAGAUCCGGGUUUAACGGCGCGAGAUUCUAUAAACACCGAUGACACGUGACGCGACGCUCAAUGACAGUUACGUGCAUGACGUCACGACACACAACGACGCCGAUGAUGUCAUUUCUGAACGAGUUCUCCGGCCCUUCACUGAAAAAAAACAUUUUAUACAGAUAUCUUGUUUAGUAAUAAUGAAUAUUUCGUUUGCCUGAAAGUCAGACUUUUAAGAUCCAUCUCUGAUUACUGCUGUGUCUGUCUUUGACUUUAUUAUGAUUAAGUAGACCACUAAAGAACGAAAAACAUUUAAAACCGUUUAAAACAUACAUUUCGAGUAUAAUACCUGUAUAUGACAGAAUGUAUGUCAUGGACUGAUUUCACAUUACUAAAUAUUAAUUAAUUUUAAUAAACUGCAUGAAGCUGCCUCAUCUGUGGUCUAACUACUGAAUUACGUCAUUUAACUACAAAAUAAAUCUGUUACAGUUACUGGAGAAAAAAAAAGUGUAAUUAAAUUACAGUAAAUUAUGAAAAUGUUAAUGAUUACAAAGAGGGUUACAUUUUUGUAAUAGUUACAAAAAUGAAACUAUUACAAUCUUAAUUAAAGUCAGGAAGGAUUUUGAGAAGUCUGACAGUAAUCAGUGCUGAGUUCUAGAAGGUUAUUCCUGCCUGCUUUAAAUGAUUCAAAAUAAUUAACAGUUGAAAACAUUCGUUAGAAAUUGAGUAAAGUAAUUAAAAAGAAAUCAAAUGUAAUACUUUAAUAAAUUAAUUGGAAGAGUUACACUACUUGUUACAUUUUAGAUAGAGUAACUUAUAACCUGUAACAUGUCCAGAGUAACCUUCUCAACACUGAUUGUGACGCUCGUGUGUUUUUGAUUGACACACAACUGUCUGACAGAAAUAAAGAUGUAUUUCUGAGGAAUCUGUGAUGUGCUGGUGUUGGCUCUGAUCUGUGUUGUGUGAUGUCAGGUUUUCCUGCCGUCAGCGGUGCAUGAUGGGAAGGCUGGAGCUGACACACCUGCAUCGUCCGACACAAACAAGACAGCAUCAGACAGAAGACGAUAAAUCAUUACAGUUCGACUGGAAAUGACAUAAACAAACAAAAGUGUUCUGUACACUUGUGUGUUUCUUCAUCAGCUGGAAACAAUGGUUUGAAGUUAAAAAGUCUUGAAGCAGGAGAUCCGGUCCUUCAGCAGAUCUACUGACUGAGUUCAGGGAAAGAUGAUGUUUGGAGACCAAGAGCAGCAUUGAGUGUGAGGAACAACGAGUCCUUCAGCAUCAUGUGAGGAGGUUUGGAGGUGUGUGUGGAGUGUUAUGAGCAGCGAGCGUGACGAGACACACAGUAUAAUGGCAUCAGUGUGCUGCGCUGCGCAUGACCACCGACAGCAUCGCUCACAAGAGACUCAUUACAGCACAAACAGCCUCUGUAACACACACACACACACACACACACUCAUCAUGAAGAGAUGACCAGUCCAUAAACAGACACCACUUUCUUAUUCAGUACUGUGUCUUGUUUUCCAGUGCAAGUAUCUAAAGCUCCUUAAAUCAAGAUUUACUGGAGAUGCAAAUGACUUCAUAUAUAAGGUCUUGUUUUCUGAAACUUUGAUUUAAAAAAGAACAAAUAUGAGACCCUGCAGCACAGAAGCAGUCUGUUUGUAGCAACAUCCAACAAUACAUUGUAUGAGUCAAAAUUAUACAUUUCUCUUUUAUGCCAAAAAUCAUUAGGAUAUUAAGAUCAUGUUCCAUGAAGAUAUUUAGUAAGUUUCCUACCGUAAAUAUAUCAAAACUUCAUUUUUGAUUAGUAAUAUGCAUUGCUAAGAACUUCAUUUGAACAACUUUAAAGGUGAUUUUCUCAAUAUUUAGAUUUUUUUGCACCCUCAGAUUCCAGAUUUACAGAUAUUGUCCGAUCCUAACAAACCAUACAUCAGCGGAAAGAUGAUUUAUUCAGAAAAAUUCAAUUCAAAAUUUGACCCUUAUGACUGGUUUUGUGGUCCAGGGUCACACAUGGCAGUGUGGUCAAAACAACAAAACUACAUUCAAAGAGAAAACAAGCUUAUUUUUCUGACCCUGUUGGCAUUUUUUUUUUUUUACGCAUAUAAACUCACUUCAUUGUGACACAUUUCUCAGAAAACAAGACUUCAUGUGUUUAUUGUGCAUCUCCAGUAAAUGAGUGUUGUCUGAGUGUUUAGGUAUUUGUGCUGGAAGACGAGAGCAGCACUUUUUGCAUGAUGUCAGUAAAUCUGGACACGACUCACAUGACGGCGCAUAACAGGAUCAUCUCAUCAAACUGCUGGUUACCGUGGAAACCGCUGCAAUAUUGACCAGUGUGUUUGUGAAAAUCUAAUCAUCCACUCGACCAGUGAACAAAACAGCUGCUUUAUUCUACAUGUCUUUAAUAUAAAGUUAACACUGACUGUAGAACUAAUGAGUUACUGAAUAAAGCUGAUCACGUUCGUCAGCUCGGUCAACCUCAUCUUCUGUGAUCUGGUUUAUUUGCAUUAAACAGUAACGGCACUGUUUUUGUCUUGUUUUUCUUGCAAAUGGGGUCAGAAAAAUAAACUUGUUUUCCCUUUAAAUAAAGUUGACUUUCUUACCACAUCGGCAGAUAUUUGUUCUUGUUUUAAGUCACUUCAUUUUCAAACAUUUUGCAUCUCCAGGAUGUUUAGAUGUUUGCACUGGAAAACAAGACGGAAACGCUGAGGAGCAUUCUUUCAGAAGAUCCUAACAGAAUAUAAUGUCCAGACCGUGUGUGAUGAACAAGCGUGGAGUCAUAACGAGGAGGAGACGCAUAUAAAGGCACCGAGCUCCUCGUCUGCUGCUCCUGCGUCGUUCUGCUCAUCCACAGGUCCAUCAUGAGUUGCCCGUCCUCCGGUCAGCAGGGUGUCUACCCACAAACCCCUCAGCAGUGGCCCGGUCAGCCCUGCCCACCCUGCUGGUCCUGCCAGCCCGCUCAGCCCAACUGGCCAGUUAACCAGCCCAGCGCAUCGGCUCCUGCGACCUGGCCGGUCCAACCCACCCAACCAGGCUGGCCCAACCUUCCACCCACCCAACCCACCCAACCCAUCCCUCCGGUCCAGCCGAGCUGGCCUGCUCAGCUGCCCACCCCGACGGGUUACCUGCCGUCUCCAGCGGCUCCGGCGUGGCACGGUAAUCCCGGUCAGCCCGGGUGGCCUGGUCAGGUGCCCGCAGGAGGAGCGGCGCAGCCGUGGCCCCCGGCGCCAGCCGUCGCUCCUGUAGUGGUUCCUUUCAACAUGAAUUUCCCCCGCGGCAUCUACGACAAACUGAUGCUGACCAUCAGAGGACAGAUCAAACCAGACGCCAAGAUGUUCACGAUCAACUUCCUGCGCGGUAACGACAUCGCUCUUCACGUCAACCCGCGCUUCAGCGAGGGAGGCAAGCCGGUUCUGGUCCGCAAUCACAAACUGGGAGACCGCUGGGGGAAGGAGGAGCGGGAUCUUCUGUCGCCGUUCCCCUUCAUGCCCGGUCAUCACUUUGAGAUGAAGAUCCUCUGCACCUUCACAGAGUUCAAGGUGGCCGUCAACAACACGCCAGCCUUCGACUUCCAGCACCGCAUCAAAGAGGUCAACCAGAUCGACCGCAUCAACAUCCUGCACGACGUCACGCUCACGUCCGUCAACGUGGACACGCUCCCAUGAGCCUCAGCGAGCCCAGUCAAGCACAUUAACCACACCCUCGGCUCACGCAAACGUCACGACUGGUCAUUUCGACCCCUGAAAAUACUAAUGCUUCACACUAGACUAAAACUCACUAGCUAAGUUUCCAUCCAAAGAUGCCAAUUUAACUUGUGCGCAAAACUGCAAUAUCACAAAACAUUUGCAAAAAAACCCACAGUUUCCGUCCAACGAGUCAAAGACAACAAAAGCAUCACUUCCUGAUAAACUAUAGAAGUCACUGAAUAGAAUCAUUUUCAUUUGUUAUAAAUUACUUGCACCUCGAACGAGAACACAAUAAAUGCAGUUAACGCUCACAUGACUUUUUUGAUGCGCAUUAAGGAAUUUAUUCAGUAAAUGUGUUUCCAUUGUAGAUUAUGCACAUUUUUUCUUAUAGGAUAAAAAGUUUAUCCUACUCAAUUGUGCACAUAGGUUUAUGCGGAUUUUUAGAAUUUAUGCACAUCUUGGCAUUUCCAUCCAGCGUUUUUAAUGCGAUGUUCAAAAAUGUGAUGGAAACAUAGCUACUGACUGCUCAAAAAAAAAAAAUCAUAAUUUUGUACUUUUUUCUGGAUUUUUUUUGUUCACACCUUGUUACACUUCUAGUGUUUGUUUGUUUGGGUUAAAAAUGGCCUAUAAAAAUGCUUAUAAUUUUCUCAUUAUGCUAUAUUAUUACCAAAUAUUGUAUUCAAACUUUUUC